AUGGUGAGCUACGACGAUGCCCGUGAUUAUGUGACAUCCCUGUUCAUCAUGCUGAAGAAGGAACCAGUCAUCUUGUUCCGCAUCGAGUUCCUGGUGGUCCUCGUCACGCUGCUCUUCUUCGCCAUGUUCCUCAUGGAUUUCUUUCGCCGCAUCAUCCACAACCCAUUCAUGAGGGCCGUCUUCAGCAUCUUCGACGGCGUCUCCGACUCCAUUGUCUUGUACCUCCUGGGGGCCAUGCAGUCGGCGCCUUUCAAGAACCAGCUGUUCCCGAUCUGGGCUCUUGUGCUCGUCAAUUUCCGCUACAGCGCAGAUUACAUCUCCGGCUACGGCGUUCCUGACCGCCGCGGACGGAGGUUCACCGAGUGGAGGAACGUGUUCAAGCUCCUGGGGUCGGCAUUCUUGACUUGGACGCGUGGAUCCAGCUUCACGGCUCCACUCUGGUCCGUCUGGUGCCUGCAGAUAGUGAGGAGCGCGUACAGAUUCCACUCACACAAUCUGGCAUUUCGCUCCCUCUGGCAUGGCGGGAGCUCGCACCUGGUUGCAGAGCACAUGCGUGCCAGGUACAGCAACUCGCAACCAGCAGCCGGCCCAGUGACGAUGGAAGACUACAGCUACUUGGUGUAUGGAGAAACAGGGCGGAAUUUCAAGCUAAAGAAGCCUCAGUAUGCAUUGUCUGCUCACCGGCCAAGAAAGAUCUGGCAAGCUAGAUGUUGUUGUGUAAGAGUCGUCUUCAAUACCAGCAGCCGCACGUCCCAGCAGGAGUUGUCGCCACUGAUCACGCUGGACAAAGUCUGGAAGUACUGUCCCAUUCACCAGCCACAUAACCAGGAGGAGGAAGAGGACCUAAAGAAGGACAAUGACCUAAAGGAUAUCCCUUUGGCCUUCGCCUUGUCAAGGCUGCUUCGGUGCAGGUUUGAGGAUGUGCCGCUGCAAGCAAGUAUCUUUGAAAUACACCGUGAGCUGAUCAAGAGCAUAAUUGGUGGGAAGCUGGGCACCAGCGAUGUCCUCAGGAUCAUGGAGCUGCAGCUUGCCUUCAAUUCGUCCAUGACUAUUUCAACACCCGCUACCCCAUGGUGUUCUGGUGUGGGCGCCUGUCUCUGUUCAUCACUCUGUUUCUGUCCGUGCUGA